ACCCUACGAAUAGAAACACCGAAACUUCGCAAAUUUUAGAUGUAAAAAACCUCCAAAUUUUCAUCGACAGUUCUGGCCAGUGAAAAUCUAAGAAAUACGCAAGUGAAAUUGUGGCAGUUUUUCCUUUUUUCUUAAUCAUUUCUGGUUUUUAUAAAUUAUAAAUCUGUCCUUAAUUUGUCGUGCACAUACUCUGCCGUUCCCUAAACUUUAUUUAAAGAAAAAGUUUAUAAAUAUCUCUCUUUUGAAACAAAUGAUAAAUACUUGCAGGAAAUUAUGCUGAUCUGUAUGUAGCUAUAUUAGAUGGUCCUUGAUGCAGGGGAGGAUGUAAUGAGUGUGGGGGAGAAUAUAAAGCUGAUGUUGCCGUUCACUCCGCCAAUAGUGAAACGGCUACUGGGUUGGAGAAAAACUGAUUUCAAAUCUGAUCUUGAAGAGAGAUGGUCCGAGAAAGCGGUCAAAAGUCUUGUUAAAAAACUCAAGAAAAAUGGUAAUUUUUGUUUUUGUUUAGUGAGUCAGAAGAAAGGACUUCCUCACGUGAUAUACUGCAGAUUGUGGCGCUAUCCAGAACUUAGUUCACACCACGAACUCAAACCUGUUGAAAACUCAAAAUCAGAAAAUCAAAAAAUUAACAUUGAUGUAAAAAUUUUAAUUGAUCAAUCAUUGCAGGUCGACCAACCCGUGCUUCCACCCGUCCUUGUUCCUAAACAUUACCAGGGGGAGAUACCCACUACACUACCUGAACUACCUAGUCUUGAUCAACCAGGGUUGUGUUUAACCUGCCCCGACUCCUCAACAUUUCCCAUGAACGAGACACCACCCCCAGGUUAUAUAACAGACGAUGGAGAGGGUAUUGGUAGUCCUGGGAGUACAACAAGCGAUUUUUCCUCCCCCGGAAUGCGGGGAACCCCCUCCCCGCCCCUGGAAUCAGAACCGGUUAUGUACUGCGAACCUGCUUUCUGGUGCAGUAUAUCCUAUUACGAGCUCAGUACAAGAGUUGGAGAAACCUUCCAUGCCUCCCAACCCAGUAUAACAGUUGACGGGUUUACAGAUCCUAGCAAUGCAGACAGGUCAGUCAUUCAUGGAAUUAUUCAUCCUUUCAUUCAUGACACUCAUGCGUGCAUCCUUUUAUUCCUUCAUCCAGGUGUGAGAUUGUACUAUAUUGGUGGUGAGGUGUUUGCCGAGUGUCAAUCUGAAUCCUCCAUCUUCGUUCAGUCUCCUAACUGUAAUCAAAGAUAUGGUUGGCACCCCGCAACCGUUUGUAAAAUACCUCCAGGUUGUAACCUGAAGAUUUUCAACAACCAGGAGUUUGCGAGCCUUCUCUCCCAGAGCGUAAACCAGGGGUUUGAGGCUGUCUACUCACUCACGAGAAUGUGCACUAUCAGGAUGUCCUUUGUUAAGGGUUGGGGUGCAGAGUACAGACGUCAAACAGUGACCUCAACACCCUGCUGGAUAGAACUUCAUUUAAACGGUCCUUUACAGUGGUUAGAUAGGGUUCUUACACAGAUGGGUUCCCCUGCUCUAAGAUGCAGUUCAAUGAGCUAAAAAGUUCAAAGAGUACAAAACUUUCUAAUCCUUGAUUUAUCUCAAGAAAUCAAGAUGGCGGAUCCACUCCUAGAAGGAGGGACAUGGUCAAAUAUGACGGGUAUAAGAGAAAGCAUGUGGUUAACUUGCAAACCAUGGACCAAACUUACAGCUGAACACAACAAGUAUAAAGUGUACAAUACACAGUUUUAAUUUAUCCCAGUGACAUAUUCCGGUUUAUAAUAGCUCGCGCAUUUCGUCGCCGUUUCUAGUGAAAAUUUAAGAAAUCUUUGAAAAAGUAAUACAUAGUACAUACGCCUGUUCAAACAAACUAUAGAGUACACACGCCUGUUCAACCGAACUUAAUAGUACACACACGAUGUUCUACAGAACUACGGCAUCGUUUUCCACGUGCUUCUUCUAGCUUAAUAAUGUAGAUAGUGCUAAUUACAUAUAUUUGCGAGUGGUUGUAAGUUUUUUUUUUACCAGUCCUUAAUUUCAGUAAGAAACAGUAAUUAAUUCCUGUUUUAACUUUAAAAAUGUUUAUAUGAAACUUUCUGCUCAAAAAUGUUAAAAUGUCGACUCAGGAUUAUGAAUCAGAAAAUCAAAAUAUUCAGCUUGCCAACAGAGCUUUUAUUUAUGUUUAUUUUUAAAAAUAUCUUCUGGCAUUCUAAAGUACGCUAUAUAAAGUGUACAUUGUACAUUAUGUUUUCGUACAUAAGUUAUUGCCAGUAGCACAUGACAAACCAUUAAAGAAUUGUAUUCUUUUUUUCUUCCACCCCCUACCCCUAUAUUUUUAAAGCUAAUUUUCAAAGAAAAUUUUAAAUAUCAUCUGUAAGAUGCAAAAAACUUGAGAUGCAAAAUUUCCCCCAACUGUAUUCAGUGAAGAAAAAAUCAACAUUAAUUCAUAUAUGAAAAAAUUCAUGCAUACUGACUUACCCAUUUAAAAUUUAUUUUACAAUUUUUCAUUUUGUGAAAAUGUGUAAACUUGUUUUUUGUUGUUGUUUUACUCUAAAUUUUGUAAACUUGAUUGAGAAGAGAAAAUCCGUGCAAAUUAAGGUCAGAAUUUUUUAAAAAGUUUUAUUAAAAUUCCCUCUAUUAAUAGGAUGCUAAUUACUAAACCAUUGACGAAGAAAGCUCUCAAUUUUACCACAGUUAAGCAGAAGUGACAAAAUGAAAUAUUUGAUCGAGGGUUUAUCAACAAAAAAUUUGAGCUAGGGACAUCUGAUUGAAGAGACACUAGAUUGAUAAAAGGGUCACUAGAUUGAUAAAAGGGACACUAGAUUGAAAAAAGGGACACUAGAUUGAUAAAAGGGUCACUAGAUUGAUAAAAGGGACACUAGAUUGAUAAAAGGGUCACUAGAUUGAUAACAGGGUCACUAGAUUGACAAAAGGGACACUAGAUUGAUAACAGGGUCACUAGAUUGAUAAAAGGAACACUAGAUUGAUAAAAGGGACACUAGAUUGGUAACAGGGACAUAGGAUAUUGAUAUAAAUAAGAUGAUAUUAAGGGACUCUAGAUUGAUAUAAGAUGCUUUAAGGUAAAAUAGAUUGAUAAAAGAAACACUAGAGUGAUAUAAGAUGAUAUUACGGGACACUAGAGUGAUAUAAAGGACACUAGACUGAAAUAAGAUAAUAUUACGGGACACUAGACUGAUAUAGGAUGUUUUUAGGGGCACUAGAUUGAUAAAAUGAAUACUUGCUCAAUGAAAAGGACACAAGAUCGGUAUGGGACACUCCAUUGAUAUUCACGGACACUACAUUGAUAUUAACGGACACUACAUUGAUAUUAAAGGUCACUACAUUGAUUAACGGACACUACAUUGAUAUUAACGAACACUACAUUGAUAUUAACGGUCACUACAUUGAUAUUAACGGACACUACAUUGAUAUUGACGGACACUACAUUGAUUGAGGGACACUACAUCGAUAUUAACGGACACUACAUUGAUAUUACCGGUCACUACAUUGAUCGACGGACACUAAAUUGAUAAAGGGAAUAAAGUUGACCGUAGAGAGUAGAGACCCAAGAUUGGAUUUAAUGAUUAAUAGAUUUAGAAAAAUGACUCAUAUUAAUAGAAUGGAAACCUAGUUUGCUAGCAAACUCUUCAGAUUAAUCGCUAGGGGAAUUAUGUUAUCAUACCCUCUGUACAUUGUACAGUAUUCGUACACAGUACAAUAAAACAAACUCGUUUUUGGUGUGCUCUUAACUUGGAUUCUUUUAGUUGAUAAUAACAAACCACUGUUUCCACUUUUUCACUUGCUUCAUUUAUAGACUGUACAAUGUACACAGCACACUCCAGUACACGGUACAUUGUACGGUCUACACUUUACAGUACUCAGUACAUAUUGUUAAGUAUAAACAGAUUUAGGGUUUACCCUGAAUUAUUCAGAAUUUAGUCACUGUACAAUUUAAACAGAUUCAUUUGAAGUAUUCGUCCAAGGGUGGGACUAAACAUGAUCUUCUUAAUUAGAAAAAUUAUUGAUCACCCCCUUUGUGCACCUACGUGAGGAAGUAAAAACUCUCCAUGACAAGUAUUUUAAAAAGACUAAAAUAGUUUUGUAGAUUUGUAUUUGAAGGACUUAAACUUGGAAAUUAUAGAAGUAAAAAAAAUAAAGAUUAGCAUGGAGAAUUUUUCCUUCCUCCUUUAUCCCAGUGUUGUUAAACUAUGUCAAGAUUGUAAACAAUGAAACCGGUUUUUUAUACCUCGAAACUAAAAUGUAAACAUUGAAACCGGUUUUUUAUACCUCGAAACUAACUCUAGACAGCUCGCACCCAGCCUUGUAAAAAAAGAUUCAAAGAGAAAAAUAUUUCUGAAUUUAAUUCAUAAAAAUAUUUUUAAGGUUGGUUUGUUUAUAAAACUUGUUUAUUUGAUUUUUUUUACUUUUUCUCUCUCUGCUCCAUAUUUGCAAAUUGCUUUGAAUGAAUGAUAGUUUCUAGAGAUUAUUUUGUACGAGAUUUUUUUUCAUAUUUCUUAAUCAACGAGUUUUCACACCCCCCCCUCCCCUCAAAAAAAAUCUUAUUUGUAUAAAUUAUUUACUUAAUCGAACAAUAUUUUUUUUUAUAAGAAAUAAAUUUAAAUGGAUCAAUUUUUACGUAAAUUAAAACCCGACCAGUUCUUGUAAAAUGUGAUACUUGGUUUCUCUAAAUUUGAUAAUAUUUAUAACAGAUAAAUGUACUCUGUAUACUUUUACUGAAAGGGAGUGUCUGGCUAGACAUGCUAGUUGAGCUGAGAGAGCAGUAUUGUAGAGAUUUUUUAGAAAUAAUUUGAGACGCUUGUACAAUGUAAAAUUGCUAAGAAAGAGCGCAAAAUCGGUCUUUAAAAUCUUCCUGGUGCUCGCCCACAGGCAGGUGGUGACGCGGCUCACCAUACUGCUCUCUCACCUCAACUACCAUGUAUAGACAGACACUCCCUUCAAAUGUUAAUUAUCUUAAAUUAUUAUGCAAGUAACUGAUUUAAUAUUUGAUGAAUGGGUAAAUGAUGUGAUUGAGAACAAGAUAAUUACAUGAGAAAUGAUCCCAGUGUAUUGAAUGUAAGAAUGUAAAGGCAGCUUCGACAAAUAUAAAAAUACUGAAACAAA